AUGCGGGAUAGCACGUGCCUGGUCGUUUUUCUGUUGAUCGUGGGGUUUACCUACUUACAAGCCGCUGUACCGAAGAGCAAACGCCAGGGAAUGUUUGGGUUGUGCCAAGGGUGGGGAGCCGGCUGUUCUUUCAACUAUCGAUUUCAAAAUCAGAUUCAAUCAAAAGCAGCCACCAAAAAUACAGCGUCUGGUCCAAGAAAUGUGAGAUACGGUGUCCCUUCUUAUUUAUUUACAUCAGGUAAUUCCUGGAAUCCCAUAGGCAAGCGAUUGGCGUGGUUCACAGAUAUACCUUAUCUACAGAGUCCUCUCAUUUCUCGUCUUGCCUUUAAAAUUCUCACAGAUAAUCCAAACUAUGUCCGGAUAUAUCCGUUUAUUUACCAAACAAAGCAGGAUCAUUGA